AUGUAAGAAGUAUAUUUAUGUGCCUUAUUUGAAAAUAAUUCAAUACCUGAAUUGAAGAGCUUUUUUAUUCAUUUUAAGAGAGCUAAUCCCAGAGUGAAAAAAGUUUACUUUAGAAUCACCUUAACUGAUAUGGUUUUAUACUGCAAAGAAUCAAUUUCUUCUUGCUACUAUAUUAGUAAAAUUAGACUAUAUUUUAGAUAAUAAUCAAGUUAUCGAAGAGUUAAAAUUGGGCAAUUAGCAAUGCAACAAUAAAUACAUUAUUGUUCAAUUCUAAGAUUUUGACACUGUAGUUGGUGCAGUCAAUAAAAUUGCUUCGAAUCCAAAAGAUGUCAGAAUUUAUUUAGAGUAAAUUGAAGAGCAAAUAUAUUUGACUGUAUAUAAUUUAAAUUAUAUAAGUGGAAUAUCACUUAAUAAGAUGAUACAAGCAUAAUUAAACAGACAUACAUCGAAUUCAUUGAAGAACUUGAAAUUGUUCAAUUAGAAUUAUAGCCUAUGAUAAUUAUGCCUACAUAUUUAUUGAAUUAGUAAAAACUAAUUUAAUUAUAGAAUGGCGACUAUUGCUAAAAAUUAUGAUGCUCCUUUGAGAUUAAACUUUUAUAAACAAUAAGGCUUAUAUUCAGUCGAAAUUAUUGUAUAAUUAGAAAACGAUGUGCCCUCAUUUUCUACACUUUUUUUGGCAUCUUAACACCAAGCUGAAAAUUUAAAACAGAUUGAUGUAUUAAAACAUUAAUUUGAAUUAGAGCUUCUUUUAAAUUUCUAAAAACUAUACCCAAUAGUUUAUUGACAUAACAUCGAUUGAAGAAAAUAUAGUUAUUACUUUAGAUUAAUCGCCUACAAGCCCAUUAGUUUUAAACUACUUAUCAGGCAGAGCUGUGGAAAUGGGAAUAGUCAAACAAUUCAUAAUAUAACGAAUGUACAGUUGAUAAUAAAUGUUUGUUUAAUUAAGAUGUAUUAAAAAGAG